GAGAAUCGCAAUCUCGUCUCGCGAUAGUAUCGAUAGUAUCGAUAGUAUCGAUCGAUACGGCGGACCAAUAAGAGUUAAGCGCGGUAUAAUCGAUUCUCCAUCAAGCGUCAAGCCAAACGUCCCUUUUAUCGAUAGAAAGACGUUCUAACCUACGUUGUAUCCUAAUUAAAAAGUAACUGUAAAUACAAAUAAAAAACGCAAUGACACCGCCGAUGGAAAGAAUUCAGAUUUUGGAAACUAUUGAAAAAGACAUCAUAAUAUGUUUACAAAGUGCAGGACAAGCUUGCAUGGAAUUGAGUAAGGAGAAAUCAAGCUUAAAACAGGCAGAAUCGCAGACGCAUCAAUUUUUAAAAACACUAGGACAGUUGGAGUCUAAAUUGAGUGAACAAAUUAAUUAUCUUACACAGGUUUCUACAGGUCAACCGCACGAAGGUUCUGGAUAUGCCAGUCAGAAAGUAUUACAAAUGGCAUGGCAUAGAUUGGAGCAUGCACGAAGUAGAGUUAAUGAACUGGAACGUAUAAAAAAUAAGUUACGAUGAGUAUAUAACUCUUCUCAUAAAAUGUUAAACUGUAAAUAUGGAUAACAUUAAUAUAAUUUGAGACAUUUCUUCUAAAUACAAAUUAUUUGAAUAAAUUUACAUGUUUUUAUUUAAUGUGAAUUUUAUAAUAAUACACACAAUUUUCUGGAUAUUUCUUUUAUUUCUAAAUGUAUAAUAUACUAAAAAAAUACAUAAAUAAUUUCUUUA